AAAUAAUUAAAAUUAAAUAGUAUUUACAAUCAGCAAGGAGACUUAUGUGUAGAUAUUUUCAAACAGUAAGAGUUAGAUCAUUGAUUAUUUGCAGCAAACAGACUGCCGGUAGCGAGUUUUGCCUUCACCUUUGAACACAUUGCGAUGCAAACAGCAAACGAAACCUUAAACCAUCCCGACCGCUAGUGGGCGCUGCAGUUACUGUUCCGGGUGCUUCCGCGCUUUGCGAUAUUUAGAGCAGCAGCUUCUACUAGCCGCCUCGUAGUGCGCCGUGCCGGGGGAUGGUUCUGUCCCUGAUUUAAUUUAACGUUACAAAAAAAAAGGGAACGCUGCGUGUGUGAGUUGUGUGGAGGCCGCGUUAACGGCGGGACAGCGCUGCCGGCGACAUGACGACGCGAUCGGAGCGGGAGAAGGCUCAGAAACUCAACGAGCAGCACCAGGCCAUCCUGUCCAAAAUGCUGAGGGAAGAAGACAACAAGUACUGCGCCGACUGCGAGGCCAAAGGGCCCCGGUGGGCGUCAUGGAACCUGGGCGUGUUCAUCUGCAUCCGCUGUGCCGGAAUCCACCGGAACCUGGGGGUCCACAUAUCCCGAGUCAAGUCUGUCAACCUGGAUCAAUGGACACCAGAGCAGAUCCAGAGCAUACAGGACAUGGGUAACACCAAAGCCCGUCUGCUGUACGAGGGCCACCUCCCACAGAACUUCAGACGUCCCCAGACCGACCAAGCCGUGGAGUUCUUCAUCAGGGACAAGUAUGAGAGGAAGAAAUACUAUGACAAAAAUGCCCUUAAAACCAGCACGGUGAGUAUCCACCAGGGGGAGCGUGUCUGUGUCCGACAGGGUCCCGGUAACCUGCCUGAAUGGUGGUUCUGUCCAGUUAGGGGUGGGGGUGCGGUCUCGCUUUUGGAACAACAGGCCGCAGUGUGGAUCUGCCCGGGUGGUGGGUUGCGUAUGCAGUGCCGUCAGCGUGUCCCGCUGAGCACGUGACCUCCGUCACAUGACCUCUGACCUCAGCGCUGUCCUAGCUGUGAUAUUGCCCCCUUGUCAG